AUGACUACAGACAAGCGAAGCGUAAAAUUUUUAUGCCUCCCCAAAUCGUCUGGCCAGUCGCCUGGGCCACUGCUCCCGCCCGGCUCCAACCAAUUCGACUCGCCUCAGGGGGCCCCGUCUGGCCGUCGGCUCAAUCAAAGGCCUGCAUGUGAGUCAUAUGCUCUCUCUUCACCCGCAAUCCCCUCGGCUGAUUUCAUAUCCGAUGGCCAUCUCGAGUUCACCAGAGGCUAUGGCAACUGGGGCUACAUACACAAGCACAGACGCAAGAAGAAAUAA